UCUAACUCCAACGGUCAACAACUAUCAAAAUUAAAACCGGAGCAGUUUGUCAAUACUUUCCUUCCUCCAAGCAAAAUCCCCCACUUCUUCAAAUUCAAUGAAUCUGAUAUUAUGGUUAGAAUUGGGAAUUUUGCUGUUGUUCUCCGUCUGCUGUCCCAUCGAGUCCAAAUGCACUAAAGGCUGCGAUUUGGCUCUGGCUUCCUAUUAUGUCCGGCCGUCGACAAACCUCACGUUCAUAGCGAACGCUUUGAGAUCAGAAAUUUUACAAUCUCCAUAUCAAAUCAUCGAGUGCAACAAAAAUCGACACCCGGCCUCUAACAGAAUCAACGUCCCCUUCCCUUGCGAUUGCAUCGCUGGUGAAUUUCUCGGCCACGUUUUUCACUAUAAUAUAACACCCAGCGAUACUUAUGACGUCAUCGCCGAGUAUCGAUAUUCGAACUUGACUUCAGUUCCCUGGUUGGAGAGGUUCAAUUUCUAUGCUGGUAGUAUGAUACCAGAAGAUGCUGUCAUUAAUGUUACGGUGAAUUGCUCGUGCGGGGAUAGCUCAGUUUCCAAGGAUUAUGGGUUGUUUAUCACGUACCCUCUUCGGCCUGAGGAUGGGUUGUCAUCCAUUGCCAGUCAGUUCAAUAUUUCUGCUGAUUUGCUGCAGAGAUAUAAUGUUGGUGCCAAUUUCAGUGCCGGAAAUGAUUUGGUCUAUAUUCCAGGCAAAGAUGAAAAAAAUAGUUACCGGCCAUUGUCAUCAAGGACAAUUGGGUUUGGAGUUGUUGCUGGCUUGUCCACAGCAACAACAGUAGCUGUUGUAUUUUUAUUAGCAGUUUGUAUAUACGUUCGAUUUUACACAAGGAAGAAGGCUAAGGAGGCAAUACUUCUUAAGAAAACAUCUCCAGAUCUCUCUACUAAUGCUCCUAGAAGUAAUUCGGAUGGACUUGUUGAAUCAACUGGUCUGGCUCCAUCUUCAGGUUCCACAAUCAUAACAUUGAAAAAACCGGUGGAGUUCUCAUACAAAGAACUUGCCCAGGCUACUGAUAACUUCAAUGUGGCUAAUAAGAUUGGCAAAGGUGGGUUUGGGUCUGUCUACUAUGCAGAACUGAGAGGCGAGAAAGUGGCAAUUAAGAAGAUGGAUAUGAAAGCUUCUACAGAAUUUUUAGCUGAACUAAAGGUCUUAGUACGUGUUCAUCACAUUAACCUGGUCCGAUUGAUUGGAUACUGUGUUGAGAGAUCUCUUUUUCUAGUUUAUGAAUACAUUGAGAAUGGCAACCUAAGCCAACAUUUGCGGGGCUCUGACAGGGAUCCACUGUCAUGGUCUACCAGGGUACAAAUUGCCCUUGAUUCAGCUAGAGGACUCGAAUAUAUCCAUGAAAGGACUUAUGAUCAUUAUGUUCAUUGUGAUAUUAAGCCAGAAAACAUACUGAUUGACAAGAGCUUCCAAGCAAAGGUUGGAGAUUUUGGUUUAACAAAAUUUGUUGAGGUUGGAAGUGCUCUGCGACCUGCACGUCUUGUGGGUACAUUUGGAUACAUGCCACCAGAGUAUGGUGAAAGUGGCACUAUUUCUCCAAAAGCUGAUGUUUAUGCCUUUGGGAUUGUUCUUUAUGAACUUAUUUCUGGGAAGGAAGCCAUCGUGGAGACAAAUGAUUCCAGCCUUCAAUUUAGGGGCCUUUAUGCAUUGUUUGAUAAAGCUUUUAAACAGCCUGAUCCUAGAGAAGACAUCCGAAAAUUGGUUGAUCCAAGGCUUGGAGAUCGCUAUCCAUUCGAUGCACUUAAAAGGAUGGCACAGCUGGCCUGGGCAUGCACACAAGAUGAUCCUCAAUUACGUCCAAGUAUGGAAUCUGUUGUUCUUGCCUUAACGACCCUUUCAUAACAAAUGGUUUCGGAUUUUGGCUGCUUAAGCGAAAACCGAGCUUUUGUCAAUAGAAGAGAAAAUAUUUCAUUUACGAAGGUAAAGGACUAUGGUCAACAAAUAUUUUUUUCUUUUGCCUUGUAUCAUUAGAUCUUCCAUUCUGGCUUGAUCAUGAUGAAGCUGGUGCUUGUUCUAGCUAGCUCUGUUUAGCACUCUAUUUUACCAAAAAAAAAAAAAAAGUCUAGUUAUUUGAAAUUGCUGACUGCAUACAGUAAUAAUAGUGAAUUGGAUUUUAUUUCUGGUGGUGUUUUGUUAUAAAAC